CUCCUUUAACACUUCUAAGUGAAAUUGGGGCAUGCCAGGGCGGUGUUGAUAUUACAUCCGCCUCGACGUUCCGAAAUUCCGCGCAAUAUUAAAUGGGGACAAUUUUAACCGUCUUGGCGACAUUGACAACGACAAACCUAUGUUGAAAUGCUACAUUAAUCUAUGCAACUUCAUAUAUCUUCCCCGGAUUUAGGAGAGGUCGCACCAAUGAUCCUUCUAUUUAUAUAUUGCAUUUGGAAUGCGCCCCCACUACCCCGGAUUUUCCAUCAAUUCGUGGAGUGAGUGUACUAUAUCUUUUAUAUUAUCAAUUAAUACAUGACUAGUUACUACGAUAUAGCCAUAUUAUAUCUUUGAGAAUUGGUCACACGCUCGCUUCUUUCUCUCAUUUCCAAGGAAUUCGCAAUUCCUCUCCUCAACAUCAACAUCAACAUCAGCUAUAUAAAUCUUCUCAAACCCGCUCAUACUAUGUCUUAGAACCACAACCCACAUCCCACAAACCCAAGCACAUCCAAACACGACACUCAGCAUGGUUCCUCUCCCAACCUUAACCGCCCUAACCACCUUCUCCCUCCUCUCCCUCCUCCCCACAACCCAAGCCCACGGCUACGUCUCCGGCAUCGUCGCAAACGGUGUGUAUACCUCCGGCUGGCAAGUAUCCUACUGGUACGACAUUGUCAAUAAAGUUCCCUAUCCACAGACACCGGGAUGGUAUGAAGAGGCGUUGGAUUUGGGAUUUAUUUCGCCGGAUCAAUAUGCGUAUGACACCCUUUUUUUAAGUUCUAUUUCCAUUUCGUCCUAGAUCUUCUGUAUGAAGAAACUUAAGAAAGGAGCAAGGAAUAAAGGGAUAAGGCUAAUUAUACUAAAGAACUUCCGACAUCGUAUGUCACAAAAACGCCGUAAAUGCAAAUGUAUCCGCCACGGUUCCCGCAGGCGGAACAGUCGAAUUUCAGUGGACGACCUGGCCACAUAGUAUUGGACCGGUAUUGACAUAUGUUGCUAAUUGUGGGGGAAGUUGUGCGACGGUAUGUUAUUUUCCUUCUCUUAUUACUAUUAAUAUGAUAUAAUGAUGAAAAUUUCAUAAAGAUUUUGAGAGAAGAUGAAACUAAUAGAGUUAUGAUUGAUUAUUAGAUUAAUAAAAAUAAUUUGAAAUUUGUCAAGAUUGAUCAGGCGGGGAUUAAUUUAAGUACACAGGUUUGGGCUUCGGGGGAUUUGAUGGCGAAGAAUAGUUCUUGGACUGUGACGGUGCCGAAGAGUCUUGCUGCUGGUGUGUAUUCCUUUUUCUAAUUCUCAGUCUUUCGACACCCCUUUCCUGCCUUUCAUCCCAUGCCUAGUCGCCUAUCCCCAUCCUCUCCCUCCUUAGUUUCUGUCCUAUCCUUCCUUCCAAGCCCAACUGUUUAUCAUGCAUCAACUAUCCCUCCUCCCCACUCCCUUCUCCUUUCAACUCUCCUCUUCCCUCCUUCCACCCUCUCCUCUCAUAUCCUUUCCCCCUCUAAAACACCACAAACACAAUCAGGGCACUACAUAUUCCGACACGAAAUAAUCGCCCUCCACGGAGCUACUACGCUAAACGGCGCCCAAAACUACCCCUUCUGUCUCAACAUCGACGUAACCGGUUCUGGAACUGCUAAUCCUGUCGGUGUACCUGCUACCAGUUUUUACAAGGCGGCUGAUCCCGGGAUUUACUUUAAUCCUUAUGUGACGUUGGCUAAUUAUACAAUUCCUGGGCCUGCGCUUUGGACGGGUUAGGAAUUGGCUGGAGAGUGCUUGGGAAGAAGAGGGGGAUGGGCUGUGAGGUGAUGAGAUGAGGUGAAAGUGGAUAGCGCGUGUAUCCGAGUAUUUAUUUGAUUGAUUCAGAAGGAUGAGAGAUGAGAGAUGAGAUGAAGUGGCAUGUGUUGCGAAGCGAGGUGUGCUUGGCAAAGCUUGACGAGAGUGAAUUGUGUAUUGGAAUAUAUAAUAUAUCUGAUAAAGAAUUCAGAAUCUUCCAAUACC